CUGGGCAGGGAUUCUAUUGCAUUUGGCUGCGCUGCGCUGGGGAGACGCGGCUUCCCCACAGGCAGUGGCAAUGGCUGGGUGCAGCUCCUUUUCCCCGGCUCUCCUGCACCGAAUAGCCAAACAGUGUUGCAGGCAGCGUUUUCAGUGCGGCGGUCUCUCCUCCUCUGUCCGGGAAAAAUGCAUGGCCAGCAACCCGCUGCCGGAGCCGGCACCGAACGGGGAGGCUGCAGGAGGUAGGCUGGGAUUUGUGAAAAGCCGUGGUUUUAUCCGUGAGCCGCCGCUGCCCUUCUCUGCCUUUCUGACGGACAACUUUGGGAGACAGCACAGCUAUCUCCGGAUCUCCCUGACGGAAAAGUGUAAUCUCCGCUGUCAGUACUGCAUGCCUGAGGAAGGGGUAAAGUUGACCCCGAAGCCACAGCUGUUGACCACCGAGGAGGUCGUGACCCUGGCUCGACUGUUCGUCCGGGAGGGUGUCGAUAAAAUCCGGCUGACGGGAGGGGAACCCCUCAUCAGGCCUGAUGUGGUGUCCAUCGUCUCCCAACUGCGGGAGCUGGAUGGUCUGAAAACCAUCGCGGUUACCACUAAUGGCAUCAACCUGGCCCGCCAGCUACCGAGUCUGAAGGAAGCCGGUCUCAACCUCAUCAACGUCAGCCUGGACACGCUGGUGCCCGCCAAGUUCGAGUUCAUCGCCCGGAGGAGAGGUUUUCACAAAGUGAUGGAGGGUAUAAACAAAGCUCUCGAUGCAGGCUAUAAUCCAGUCAAGGUGAACUGUGUCGUCAUGAGGGGCUUGAAUGAAGAUGAGCUCUUGGACUUUGUGAGGCUGACAGAGAAGAAGCCUGUGGACGUGCGGUUUAUUGAGUACAUGCCGUUUGACGGUGAGUGUUAAACGCCACAUCGAAUG